GGUAUAGAUGAUGAAACAUGAAGAUGGUAUCAAGGAGUUUCAGAUAUUCAAUUAGAAAGAUUUAAUGUUUAUUAUAAUGAUGAAGCUAGUUGUGGUAGAUAUGUACCAAGAGCUGUGUUAAUGGAUGUUGAACCUGGUAUUAUAUAUGGAUUCACUUAGAUCUGGUCCUUAUGGUAAAAUCUUAGACCUGGGAAUAACUGGGACGGCUGAAGGUCAUUAUACUGAAGGUGCUAUUCUGUUCUGGAUGUUGUUUGUCAAGAGGCUCAGAGUUGUGAUUGCUUACAAGGGCCUCAAAUUUCAUUUUUUGAGAGGAGGAACAGGAUCAGGAAUGAAAACUUUACUUAUAUCAAAGAUUAGUGAAGAAUAUCCAGAUAGAAUGAUGCUUCACAUUACUAUGUUUAUGAGAAUUUCUGGGAACCUGGAAAUUAGAAAUUGAGUUUCAUUUUCUACUGCAUAUCCAAUUUCAUUAUACUUCACCUGCUAUUAGGCAGGUGGUUUAUUGUAUAGUCCAAGAUGUUCCUUCCGUUCUCCAGCCCCUUCUGAAAUUAUGUUUGUAUUUUGAUAAACAUCUACCUCUUUUUUAGUUAUCCUAGAGGGUUUAUUUGCAAUGCUGGGGGAUGGGAUACCAAAUGAUUGCUGUAAUGCCCGCUUGUGUUAAAUCUUAAGUUUUAAUGACCAUGACUGAAUUAUUCCCUAAACAUGGUCAGGUUGUACAGUC